AUGCCUGGUCCAGGUGGUGGCCCUCCACGCAAGAGCCAUACCAAGUCCCGCACCGGCUGCAAGACUUGCAAAAGGAGGCAUAUUCGAUGCGAUGAGACCUCCCCUCAAUGCCGCAAUUGUACCAAGCACAACUGCCGCUGUGACUACCAAGAUGCCGUCGCCGCGGAAGGUAGCCCACCAGCCCCUACAACACGCAGCCCCGACCUGCUCAUGUCGCCCGAGAUCGAAAUGGAAAUCGACAACUGGCAUCGCACCGGCGUCCCCCCAUAUCCUGAACUGAUCCAGUGUCCUCGCUCCGGCUGGUCAGGCCUGUCCAAGGCGGACCUGCGCUUGAUCCAUCAUAUCAUCGGUCUCUCGAUCGACCUCCACCGACGGGGCCUAGCUGGCUGCACGGUGUGGGCACAGAAGAUGCCAAAUCUCCUGGCCAUCUCGCUGUCGUAUGAUUUUGUGAUGAGCUCGAUCCUAGCACUGUCGGCGUUCCACCUUGCAUUCAUCACCCGGGAUCAAGAAACCAGGCGGCUGGCCUAUCACCACCGGGGUAUCGCUCUCCAGGGUCUUCAGACUGCCAUCGGAUCUUUCUCCAAGGAAAACUGCGACGCCAUCCUCGCGGCUUCCAUCCUCUUGUUAUGGCUAGCGGGUGAUCAUCAAAGCUGGGCAUCUCUCCAACAAGGAAUCUCGACCGUGCUCGAAUCCAUGCACCCAUUUUGGAGGCAACAGUCGGAGCUGGCGCGGCUCGUGGAGGACCAACGAGCACUGAACAUCACAGACCUCUCACCAAGAGCCAGCGAGUACUACUCGCUAGACGAAGAGAUGGUACAGCUAGAUCAGACGAUCCAACAGCUAAAGCUCACUAAAAAGCGCGUCUCGCACAAUCCUGAACACUCACAGCGACUGGGCGAGCUGCUUGACUUCGUACAAAAAUUCCGCGAAGAUCUCCCCACACAGACCCCCGAACAAUCAUUCGAGCGAAGCAUAAUCCUGCGCCAGUGGCUGUUCUGGCUUCCACCAUCUAUGCUCCGCGGCGGCGACUCCGAAGUCACCGCGCUAGCAAUCAUCUCCCAGUUCUUCGCCGUCGGAAUCACGCUCGACCGCUUCUUCCCCGAGAUGGGCGGUGCCUAUCUGGGCUCCCUCUCCGUCGGACCCAUCGAGGAGAUGUACCGCAUCAUCGUCGCGCACAGCGCCACAGACCCCUUCAGCGCCGACCUCCGUCUGGCACUGUCUCAAAUGGAUCUGCCCCGUCGCGCCGUCGCGCGCCCGUCAAGCCCCUACCUGCACGCUCUGCACGAAUAUCCUCUCCCCUCAUCUUCCUCACCCGUUUCCGCAUCCCCAUCACACGCCGCCUACACGCCCCCGCUCCAGUCUCCGCCCGCCGUUACAGUCGCUGGCUCGCCGUUCCAUUUAUCAGAUGGUGGUGGCUACAUCACCGCAGCUCCCUCGCAUCAUUCUCUUUAUCCGCCCUCCCCGCACCUCCAGAUCGAUACUAGCGACGUCCAGCUAGGUCUGCCGGGGCUGGGCCACCAUGCCGGCUCCAUCUCGCCAUCGUCAGCGUUUACCCCUCCCUACGUGGACGAUAUCUGCGCUGACAUGCCGCGCGCAGACGGCACUCUGGGGUUGAAUAUGGUAUACCCGCAUCCGCAGACCCAUUCCUUUGAAGUCCCCGCUCUGGUUGCCCCAGAUUCAUGCUGGACAUGA